CAGUUCUUGCAGCGCCGCUUGAAUUCAAAUAAGCUUACUGUCUUUGUCCAGCUGAACACAAUGGAAGAUAUUUGUAAUCAAACUAGAAGAAAUAUGAGGACAAAAAUACUAUGGAAGUCUAUAGUACUCCAAAACUGUUUGGUUACAAGACAUUUAUAGAGGUUUGGAACUUAAGGAUGAAAAAGCGAGUUGAUAAAUCUGCGAAAAAGGAAGCAGACAAGGUGGAUUCUGGGACUGAGAAAGAACCACAAAAGACUGCAGAUGACUACCAUUGUUCAGGAAAUCUUGAAGUUGACCUUCCUAUGCUGUGUAAACUGACGGGUGUGAGAGAAGUCCCUAUUAUUAAGAUAAGGCAGCAAGAGCCACCAUCAGAGAGUGGAAUUAUGGCAGAAAGCCAAAUGUCAACGUGGUCCCCUAAGCCCUGUCUACAGAUCGAGCUUGAAAAUGAAGACGUAAAGGAGGUAAAGAUAUCGGGAUGGAGGGUGGAUGAGAAGAUGCUUCAGGUGCUGAGCAAAAUAUUUCCUUCGCUCGAUAGCUUACAGAGCCUACACAUGUGGCGCACAGGCUUGACAGAUUACACCUUCACCUUACUGAGAAACACCAUCGCUCUGUGUUCAAAUCUCAGGAAAGUGGUUUUGGAAGGUAAUUCACUCCUGGAGCAGAGUUACCACUUAAUCAUUGGGGAGGGCAGCAUGUUGUCUUAUUUAUCACUGCGGAACAAUCAUAUAGGAGAGGAGGGAGCUCGUCUGAUUGGUUCAGCUCUUUCAACUGUACAUUCGUCCAACAAGACCCUCCUGUCACUCAACUUGGCCUUUAAUAACAUUGGGGAUGCAGGUGCCAUUUAUAUCGCUCAGGGUCUGCGUUUUAAUCGUUCCUUGAGGUGUCUGUCAUUAUCCUACAAUCAUAUAGGUGAUAAGGGGGCGGCUCAUCUAGCUGAGGUGCUCAGUACCUUUGCUUUGACACAUGAAGAGAUCGUAGAGAGGAGGAGAUUGAUAAUGAAGCGUGAGGAAUCGACGCUGGUCCAGCCGUCUCAGGUCAGUCUCACUGACAGCACAUCUCUUUCAGUCCACAGCAGCUCAUCACUGGACCAUAACCUCAACAAGGGUGUCAAAAAGAAGGACAACUUUAAGAAAGAGGAGAAACCGGCACAUGGUCAAACAGCAAAGAAAGAAGAGCCAAAGCUGGCAAAAAAAGACAACAAAGUGGCCCGUAGUCAGGUUGGGAAGAUGGGCGGCAAAGAUAAGAAUCUGACAGCGCCUGAGCCAGAGACAUUAGUACAUGAGACAGCGGAGGCGAGUGAAACAGUGAUCCCACUUCUGGAUACUGAAAUUGUGCACAGUGGAGGGAAAGUCCUUCAUCCAGGAAACCACUACCUGGACUAUCUUAAUCUCUCGGGAAAUGAACUGACAGAGGAAGCACUAAAGCUCUUCCUCUCAUCUUUGGAGAGCCAAGGUGAUGGAGGCCUUCGACGUCUCUCUCUCAAUAGGAAUCACUUCUCCCCAGACUGUGAAACUUUCCUGAAGAUACAAGAAAUGAUGUCUCUUAAGGACCCUUCAUACACAAUAAGCUCUGGUCAGGUGAAGGAUGAAGAGCAGGUUGAAGCACAGAGCAAUGGAUAGGUGGAUAGAUAAAUAGAAAACCAAUCAGCCUCAAUCUAACUCCUCUCAAGGUUGCAUCAUUUGAUAAACUUGCCAGUUUUCAUGUUCAUAUUUAUCUUUUAGCCAUGUUGUAUUUUCAAGCUUAUAGUCAAACUUGAAACACACUUGAAGACAUUGUUUUUUAUGUUAAUGUCUGUUUAAAUGCUCUAAAAUGUUUUUGUAGACAAAUGUAAAAUUGUAAUAAUACAGUGAGGAAAAUAAGUAUUUGAACACCCUGCUAUUUUGCAAGUUCUCCCACUUAGAAAUCAUGGAGGGGUCUGAAAUGGUCAUCAUAGGUGCAUGUCCACUGUGAGAGACAUAAUCUAAAAAAAAAUCCAGUAAUCACAAUGUAUGUUUUUUUUAACUAUUUAUUUGUAUGAUACAGCUGCAAAUAAGUAUUUGAACACCUGAGAAAAUCAAUGUUAAUAUUUGGUACAGUAGCCUUUGUUUGCAAUUACAGAGGUCAAACGUUUCCUGUAGUUUUUUUUACCAGGUUUGCACACACUGCAGGAGGGAUUUUGGCCCACUCCUCCACAGAGCCACUCCUUGGUUAUCCUGGCUGUGUGCUUCGGGUCAUUGUCAUGUUGGAAGACCCAGCCUUGACCCAUCUUCAAUGCUCUAACUGGAGGUUGUUCCCCAAAAUAUCGCAAUACAUGGCGCCGGUCAUCCUCUCCUUAAUACAGUGCAGUCGCCCUGUCCCAUCUGCAGAAAAACACCCCCAAAGCAUGAUGAUACCACCCCCAUGAUUCACAGUAGGGAUGGUGUUCUUGGGAUGGUACUCAUCAUUCUUCUUCCUCCAAACACGUUUAGUUGAAUUAUGACCAAAACGUUCUAUUUUGGUCUCAUCUGACCACAUGACUUUCUCCCAUGACUCCUCUGGAUCAUCCAAAUGGUCAUUGGGUUUAAUACGGUCCUGGACAUGUGCUGGUUUAAGCAGGGGAACCUUCCGUGCCAUGCAUGAUUUCAAACCAUGACGUCUUAGUGUAUUACCAACAGUAACCUUGGAAACGGUGGUCCCAGCUCUUUUCAGGUCAUUGACCAGCUCCUCCCAUGUAGUUUUGGGCUGAUUUUUCACCUUUCGAUCAUUAAGACCCCACGAGGUGAGAUCUUGCAUGGAGCCCCAGUCCGAGAGAGAUUGACAGCCAUGUUUAGCUUCUUCCAUUUUCUAAUGAUUGCUCCAACAGUGGACCUUUUUUCACCAAGCUGCUUGGCAAUUUCCCCAUAGCCCUUUCCAGCCUUGUGGAGGUGUACAAUUUUGUCUCUAGUGUGUUUGGACAGCUCUUUGGUCUUGGCCAUGUUAGUAGUUGGAUUCUUACUGAUUGUAUCGAGGUGGACAGGUGUCUUUGUGCAUCUAAUUUAGGAUAAUAAAUGGAGUGGACGUGGACAUUUUAAAGGCAGACUAACAGGUCUUUGAGGGUUAGAAUUCUAGCUGAUAUACAGAUGUUCAAAUACUUAUUUGCAGCUGUAUCAUUCAAAUAAAUACUUAAAAAAUCAUAUAUUGUG